UAUCGCAAAUAUCGUCCGGUUCAGAAACAAAAACGUCAAUGAGAAGUUUGGGAACCGAAAGACUCGGCUCUUACUGAUGAGCCGAGUCAAAUAAUUUGACUCGCUUAAAAAGAGCCAGAAUUUUCUUAGAUUAAUUAAUGGACCUUAACGACCACAGUUUUGAUACAACUGUAUCUGUCACAGUGUAACUACCGCCGCCUGGUGGUCAUUUGGAGUUUGUACUAUAAUAAUUAAGAAAUUAUGAAAAUAUUUAAAUAAUGAAAAUGAUAGGAAAGCUAGAAAAUGUAGCCUGUUAGCAUAAUAUUGUUUAUAUAGUCAGUCAGAGAUUGGGCGCGAGAGUCAGAGAGUUUCUCUCUCUCACACACACACACGCACAGAGAGAGAGAGAGAGAGAGAGAGAGAGAGGAGCGCGCGCGCUAAAAACAGCAGACAUAACGGUUCAUGUCCAUCUUCCCUCUCGUGCGCCGUGCGCGCGGCUCCCUCAAACACCACGCGCUGAGUACAGAAUUUCAAAUUCAUAACGUCUUUCUACCGGUCUUAACGGAUCUUUCUUUUACUCUCACUAUAAAACCGUACGUGUAAUGCAUCAUUCCGUGACCCGAGGUGUCAAAACUAUACCUUAAGAGGUGUUCAUUCAAGACGUCAAGAUUAGAGACCAUAAUAUAACCCUGUACGUGUAAGUAUUUAACACAGUACGUGUUCAGUCAACACUAUGAAACAUUCAGCAUGAUUAUAUUAAACGCAUGCAGUGGAUGUGCCAGUUCAGCAGUGUUAAGUUAGCGUUGUAUAUUUGCUAGUUCAACAUUAUGUGUGUUCAGACAUGAGCUCGAGUCGAACGGUUAACCCUGGGGGAAAAAAACGGCGUACGUGACCCCAAAAUCAAGACUUUGUAAACAAAUAAAUCAGUAAACACAGUGUUUAUUCAGUGAAAAUGGGUCAACGCAGGCGACACACUCUCAUUGUUGUCUCAUAAUGCAGAAGGAUGAGUGCGUAAGGAUCGGCCUUGAGAAGGAGACCUGGGUGACACCUUUAAGCCGUGUAAAUCCUGAUCCUCGGUCGAAUUAGUUUGUCUGGCAGAAGUGAAGGGAAACAGUCGAAGGAACUGAAGUUCCGACACAAAAUGGAGGAACGAAUUACGUGCUUCCAGAAGUGAACGAUCCGGAGUCUGUACGGAUCGUAAGACAGACGGGCACGCUGUGAUGUAGAGGCCGAGGUAAACGAGUGAAUUUCAGGGAAUAAUCAACGCAACAUCGGACCCGCGUGAUGGAUGUCGGACUGAAAUAAAUGCUGACGAGGUACCGAUGUGAGAGCGAUCCGCUCGGCUAAUGGAUAAAGAAGUGCACAGUGCAUGGUGCAGUGUAAACAACAAGUUCUCUCUGAUGGAGCUCUGACACACAAAACGGUAAGUGUGUGUGUGUGUGUGUGUGUGUGUGUGUUUUGCUAUCACUCUACGAUUCAAUUUGAAAUGGAUUCUUUAUUAAGAGAUGUAGUUACACAUCACGCGGCUGCGACAUCCAAUCCAAUCAGCUCCUCGCGAAAGGCGCAUCAGGUACGAUUAGUCAAAGUUGUUCAAGAUUACAUCUCUAACAGUUUGACAUUUUUAAAUGAUUUUUUUAAUAAGAACCCCUUGAGACCCCUCCCCCUUUCCAUUACAUUCACGAAGCUCCGCCUCCAGGAUCUACAGCGCAUCCACAGGAACGCGAGCAGGCCUUCCGGACCGGAAAUCAGUUUUCCAAACGGGUUUUUUCUCAGCCACUUAAUACACCCGUGCUGACGUCACGGGCUUACGCCUGUUAUAUCCGAUCAUGGUUAACAUUUCUGCAAACAAGGAACGUUCCCCGUAAAAGUCCAUCGCGACAUCACGGCUUCCCGAUCCAGCCCUGAGGAUGAUCUCGAUACCUUUUGCUUUUGUCAUCCUUCGUUCUUAAAGGUCUUCUGAGAGUGGUUAGAACGUUCGCCUCACACCUCCAGGGUCGGGGGUUCGAUUCGCGCCGCUGCCCUGUGUGUGCGGAGUUUGCGUGUUCUCCCCGUGCUGCGGGGGUUUCCUCCGGGUACUCCGGUUUCCUCCCCCAGUCCAAAGACAUGCACGGUAGGCUGAUUGGCGUGUCCAAAGUGUCCGUAGUGUAUGAAUGGGUGUGUGAGUGUGUAUGUGAUUGUGCCCUGCGAUGGAUUGGCACCCUGUCCAGGGUGUACCCCGCCUCGUGCCCGAUGCCUCCUGGGAUAGGCUCCAGGUUCCCCGCGACCCUGAAGAGGAUAAGCGGUAUAUUUGGGACACCCUGUAUAAUAUUCGUGCUAGAUUGUGCUGUGUAGGCCUGUGAUUAACGCUGCAUCUGAGAACUGAUUAUUUUUCCUCCAUCCCCACUGUGUGUGUGUGUGUGUGUGUGUGUGUGAGUCCCUGUGAUCGGCUCAGGUUGUGUGACGCAGUUACUCCGUCCCGGUGUGAUCCUAUUACCGCAAUUUACCCUUCUAAAACCCCAGGGUCGUCUGCCUGCCACUGUAUCCCUGUGUGUUUCUGGAUAUAAGUGCCUCCCCUCUCUCAUUGCAGUCCACUGAGAGUUUCACAUGUCCUUUCAUUCAUGUGCUGUGAACGUUUUUCUGUUGUUUUUUUUUUUGCGCUCACUAAAGCUAGCAGUGAAAGGUGGACACCACAGUUUAGCGUCAAUGCCGCGGAGUUCUUCUUAGAGUGCAGGGGAAGACAUGAUCUCUCUCAGAGACUGGGAUCUCUCUCAGAGCGUUUUUAAAUCGAGGGGGUGGGCAUAAAACGGAAUUACGCCUCACUCCAGUGCCCUCUAAUCGAAUCGAGAACGGGCGGGAAAACGAACGAAAGAGGGAGAGAGAGAGUGGGGGAAGAGAUGCAGACAGCCAGAGAUGGAGAAAGAAAGAGAGAAAGAGAGAGAGAGAGAGAGAGAGAGAGAGAUGAGGGCUGUUGCAAACGAAUUACGUGUGAAGUACUGUGAAGAAUCGUUGCAUCACAAGCCGAACUUUUCGAAGUCCAUCUUAUCGAUCCGAUGAUUUACGGAUAGAGAGAGAAUUUAAUCCCAGUCUGCACUUAAUGUUCGGUUAUACAGUACAUGUAUGCAUCUUUUAACAAGCACUAACACAAGCCUUAAGUGGACCCUGACACAGGAUGUGAAAUGAAAGCAGUUCUGCAGUUUAAAAAAAAAAAAGAAAAGAAAAAAAUAACGACGAGUGGUUUUAUCGUCAGGGCUUCCGCCCCAGAUCAUGUUCUCACCGUGGCGGGGGAAGAACGAGGAAAGAGAGACGUAAGCGUGUGAACAAGCGCUUUAUGGAGACGACUGGGGAGAGAUUUCCACUUUCAUCCUAAAGUCUAUCGCUUUCUACCGAACAGGGAUUACGCGGAACGUUAAAAGUUCAAUCUGAGCUGAAAGUCAAAAAGAUAUCGAAGAAAAACCGCUCUCUCGUUCUCAGUUUUGAACCGUCUCUAGGAUCGAUAGCUUUCUUUCGUUUCGGACAAUCUCCAUCAUCGCCUUAGUCAAGAACUAAUCUAGAGAUCUCCUCCUGGGUCUGGUUUGCUUUGGUGUCAUUAUCGACGCUAUCCACGUCGAGAGAGAUGGAUAACGGCGCUUUAAAGGUUUAGCGAAACCCGAGAUCACAAAACGUCCAUGACGACCGGCAUGAAUUUCUCUCUCUCUCUCUCUCACUCUCUCUCGCUCGGCACCGAGCUGUCUGGGAUGUGUGCGAUAACACAUGAUGUGCUUUUAGUGGGCCUGCAUGACGUGGGAUGCGAUCUCUUUGGGAGUGAAAGUGAUCCCAGUUGCGCUUUAUCCCCCAUCAGGAAGCACUGCGGCGUAGUGGAUGCAUCGUUAUACGGCAGACACAACAUAUAGUCACAUGUUCUGCGGUAAACUGAGCGCACGGACGAGUACGAACAUGUCCAGCAUGAGCCGUGGAAAGGGGGCGCCCAAGAGCACACAUGAAGGCAUGUUUCAGUUCCAUGUGGCCCUGUACGCCAGCGUACUCAGGAUGAUUAGAAUGAGCAGAAUCAACACUUCAUUAUCUUCGUAGGCUAUUAUUGUCAGCUAGUAAUAACAACUUGAUGUUAGCAAAUGCAAGUGUCUUAAGAGCCCCCCCUGGUGGUUCGGGAGCCUAAAUGACCGCUCGUACCACUUAAAGCAAGAAACGGUCCCUGCUGAGAUCAUUUUGUAGCGGUGGGACGAUAUCAGGUACAUUUUAUUUUAUGAUUCUCUGAAAUCUGGCUGUAGUGAAAGGCCGCCGUUGUCAUGCCCAAGACAAGUCCACGUUAAACGAUGGACACGUAAACAGAGUUUUGAGUAACGUGAUCGUCCUCUUUACCGGAGAACUGUAUAGCAGCUUAUACUUAAUCACGCGUGCCUUCUGUUAACCGCAACUUAUACGGCGUAUACAUCCUGGAUACUACGGACGUCAUGACUACGGAUACUCGUUAGGUACAAACGUGAUUGGAUUAAAACAAAGAGCAUUAAAGCAUUGUUCUAUACAUCCAUUUUCCAUACCGCUCACCCUACACAGGGUCACGGGAGCCUGGAGUGUAUCCCGGGGAGCUCGGGGCACCUGGACGGGGUGCCAACCCAUCACAGGGCACCGUAGCGUUCACACACCCGUUCACACACUACGGACAAUUUGGAGAAGCCGAUCAGCCGAUAACGCACGUCUUUGGACUGGGGGAGGUCCACAGGAAACCAGAGGAAACCUCAGAAGCACAGGGAGAACACGCAUCUCCGCGCACACAGGGCGGAGACGGGAUUCGAACCCCCAGCCGCAGAGCUUCGAGGCAAGCGCUAACGCUAACCGCCAAACCACCGUGCCCCCCAUCAGAGAACAUGGAAAAGUAAAAAAAAACAAACAAGGCAUGCAGUUCUAAGCUCAAUGGAGGAUCGGGACCGCAGCCGCUCUCCGUCACGCAGGACCAGCAAAGUAGAGCAGGUAGUAGGGCGCUGGCUUCGUCGUUCCAGAGAGUCCACGAGCAGAGAGCGCGUGUUGGACGACGACGGGCGAGGACCUGAUGCCAGUCCUCAGGAACAGAGAAGCUGUCCAGUCCGAGUGACCGUUCAGAUCCCACUGGACCCCGACCUCAAGUCCCACGGCUUCACCGUGUCCACACACACUCCAGCACAGGUGGAGGAGGUCGUCGCAGGGGGUCCUGCAGACGGCAAACUCUUCCCCGGCGACCAGCUUGUGAAAAUCAACAACGUCGCUCUCGAUGAUCUGUCUACAGAGCAAGCUGCCGACGUUAUCAAGGAGUGCCAGGACACCAUAACAGUGACAGUCCUGAGAAUAGCAGUGGGGCCGAAGUCGUCCUUCAUAACCCCAGAGAAGAGGGCUAAGCUAAAAUCCAACCCGGUUAAGGUGCGCUUCGCCGAGGAAGUGGUCGUUAACGGCCACUCGCAGGGUAACUCUCUGCUCUUCCUGCCCAACGUCCUGAAGGUCUAUUUAGAGAACGGACAAACCAAAGCCUUCAAAUUCGAGCCCAAGACCACUGUUAAGGACAUUGUGAUGACCCUGAAAGAGAAGCUAUCGAUAUCCCGCAUCGAGCACUUCUCUCUGGUGCUCGAGCAACAGUACAGCAUCGCCAAACUCUUUCUGCUGCACGAGGACGAGCCGAUUCAAGAAGUGGUCCAGAAGAGAGAGCCUCAUGACUACAGGUGUCUGUUUCGUGUCUGCUUCAUGCCCAAAUAUCCACAAGAGCUGCUGGAGGAGGACCCCGUAGCCUUCGAGUAUCUCUACUUACAGAGCGUGAGCGAUGUCCUUCAGGAGAGGUUUGCUGUGGAGAUGAAGUGUAACACAGCGAUCAGACUGGCAGCUCUACACAUACAGGAGAGACUCGCCAGCACCGGCCAGUCUCCUAAAACACCGCUAAAGACCGUCAUGAAGGACUGGGGUAUCGAAAGCUUUGUCUCCAGCACCCUGCUGAAGAACAUGAGAGAGAAGGACUUGAGAAAAGCCAUCAGUUUACACAUGAAGAAGAUCCUUUUACAGGAACACAAGCAUAAGGCGAUGACAGUAAACCAGGCCAGACUACACUACCUGAGCGAGAUGUCUGAACUCAAGUCUUACGGGGGAAAAUCCUUUAGCGCCACCCUGAUGCUGCAAGACAGGGAGUCUACGGUGAGCCUGUUGGUGGGGGCACAGUACGGGGUGAGUCAGGUGAUCAAUCACAAGCUGAGCAUCAUGACCACACUGACGGACUUCAGCAGCAUCACCAGGGUGGAGCUCGUAACGGAGUCGGAACGCGUCAGCCUGGUCAAGAUCUACAUGCAGGAUAUAAAGCCCAUAACCUUGCUGUUGGAGUCCGUGCCUGCUAAGGAUUUGUCGUGCCUGGUAGCUGGUUACUGCAAAGUAUUCAUAGAUCCUCAAAUCUGCGUGUUCCCCUGGACAGCCGAGUCAAAGGGCCACCGUAUAUCUGCAGAAGAAGGUUAUGUAUCAAGAUGCUGCAGUGACUCCGAAGACUCCGAAGUGGAUGCUCUGCUUGUUCAUGCUUGUUCAAGUCCUACCCAGACUGACGCAAACAUCACUUCGGUCGCAGGACAAGAGGAAGAAAAGACCAACGCAGAAGAAGAGGAGGAUGCGGAAGACAAGAGUGAAAAAGAAAGCGUGGAGAACGGUGCUGGAGAAACAAAGAAAGUAAGACUAGAGGAUCAGGUUGAUUCCGUGCAUGCCGAUGAAGGAGAAGCAGUAGGACCCGAUGCGGAAAACCACACGGUGGAAACCGAGGAGGAGGAGCCACCAUGCGUCAUCAUUGUGGAGGACCCACCAUCAGAAGCAUCGGAUUCAUUUCAGACAGACUCGCGCUUCGUAACCAGCAUGUCCAGCGACUCCAUGGACGCUUUAGAGGAGGACGACUUUUUGACCUACUUCUCCACUAACAGCGUCAGCCAGCUGAACGUUAGAGACCAUUACCUCCAUGUCGAUACUCGUACACCGUGUCCGAGUCAGCCGGAUUGCCAAGACGGCGAUUUCAACGAAGAACCGUGUUCCGUCGAUUUCCCCGACGACGAAUUCUUAUGUCUUGCUGCCCUGUCUAACAUCGCAGAAUGUCUACCCAGUCCCACCGAGGCCAGUGAGGACGAAUAUUCGGAACAGGGAGACGACGAUGAACAAGAAGCACCAGAGGACGUCUUCGAAAGCGCCGAGCCUGCUCGUGGAGAAGCUAUGUUCACGUUCAACCAGGGCGAUGUACGAUGUUACUACAACAUCUGCUCGAAUGUAACGCCCGAUAGCGGUCACGUCCAUGCAAGAACAGCUUCUGCUCACCACACUCGUGAAGAAAACAAAGCAGAGGCGGAGAGGGAGUCCGAGCCGGUGCCCAUCCUUCUGCCUCCCCCAGGUUUUGGGGACAGUAGCUCAGACGAUGAGUUCUUUGACGCCCAGGAGAAAUUCAUUCCUGAGGAACCUUUGUCAGCACCAAUGCCUAAAGGACGUUCUAGAGAUUCGAGCGUCACGAAGCGUACUCUGAGCCUAAGCCACAUCGGCACCGGUGCCGGCGAACGAAAGAAGCGAGAAGGAGAGAGUAAAAACAGAGAGAGAAAAGAUCAAGAAAAACUAAAGACGGAGACGGAAAACGAGGUUCCGAGGUUCCGCAAGAGAAGCAGAAAGCGCCGUUCCUUCAUGGAAACCGAGUACACGUCUUUAGUAUCGUUUCCUGAAAAAGACCGAACGAAAACGUACAACCGAAUCCCAAAUCAUUGGUUGGGACGUAGGCAUCUCAGUGAAAGCCACCUCGGUGGACCGUCAAAUCGAAGCUCCUGCCCCACGGUCUCAUCUCUAACAAAUGCUGAGGGCGAGCCAGCAGAAAUGGAAUCGAAACCCAUCACCCAGUCCAACCCGAGUCACCAUCUCCUGCACGGUAACAAAAUCAGCAAGGCAAGUCAGCGGAAACAGCAGGUUAUACUGAUGGAACCGGAUUCCAUGGAGUUUAAGUCUGUCACCGAAAUCAUGUCUACUGCCUCGCCUUCUAUUGUCGCAGUACGCACGUCUACAGAGCCUAAAGUAACAUCCAACGUCACGAGCGGAGCUGAUGGACUUGAAGAAGAAAGUGCAGUUGAAAGGUUGCUUGACGGUCACUUGUUUUUUGGCACUCCUAGCAGUGACGAUGCUUUACCUGUGAAAAUAAUCUACCAAGAAUCCCUGAUAGAAGGUCCAUUUCAGGAACCCUUGCUGAGGAAAAAGAGCUGUUCACUUCCACGAUUAGACCAAACACCUGCAUCUAGCUCGCUUUCUUUGAAAGUCCCAACCAUAUCCUUCACCCAGAACCCUGGCAUGGACAGGCUUGAUGUAGACAGUCUGGAAAUGGGCACUCAGAAAUGUUCAGUAGGGCCAACAGAGAGAACAAGAAGAAGUCAGAGCAUGUCUGCAGUAUCUGAGAGCAGCGGUCUCUUUUGUUUAACGAGGCACCUCUGUCCUCAGACGGAACCUGUAGUCCGCACAGUAGAACCACAUUCUGGUGACACGGACAGUUCUGGCGACCCGUUCACCCAAGAACCAUCCUCCACUGUAUCCCCUGGGCCGCAGUGUUCUUCACGCAUCCUUGGUCGCCUCUCUACUUCAGCAAUGCGGGGAAAGACCCAGGACUUGCCCCUGUACAUGUCUCGUUCCCAGGAAGCACUACCCAGUGACAGUAGUCUUGUAGAUGACGCCAAACAAGCAAGGAGAUUUUCUGAAAAUAUGACCACAACUGAGGUAAAGUCUGAAGAGCUCACGGAGGUGGUUGAAGAGAUUGGGGAAGUAGAUCGCAAUAAUUCUUACGUGGAAAGAGAACAGAAAAGUGUACCCGAAGAACUCUCUUGGACUCUGAAGUCACCUUCGGGCCUGAAAUCGGUUGACCCUGUCAAAAUCGGCCCUUCGUCUCUUGUGGUUACGACGCAGAAACCUAAUGGACCGUGGGGUGUGGUGACGUCACAAGAGAUCAGCAGAUUACAAGCAGGAAGCAGCCGUCGUGUGGGUGCACACUCACAACCUCUCACACAUUACGAAUCCAAGCCCACCAACACCCAGCCACAGGCUCUGCCUGGCCCAAAUCUACACGCAAAGCCCGACCUUACUUGCAGCUCAGUGCUUGCCUCAGUGUGUGAGACAGUAAUCGAGAGUGCUGAAACACCGAUGGAGGUUUGCGGCUGCCAAUCAGCAUACACCAAAUGCUUCAGCAGCGUCUUGGACAAUGGGAGUUUUGAUGACGAACUGACUGUCUAUGAGUUCUCCUGCAGGACACAGCAAAGCAUGCGUGACCGAAUAGUGGCGGUGACGUCUAUCCCUUCAUCCCUUUCUGGUUCCUCUUCCUCUUUUUCACCAUCCUCACCCCUUCCAGCUUUCUCUCGUGUGGUCCUGCCGCCGUCCUCGUCCGCAGAACUCGGCCCUCUUCUGUCGCCCCUGGACUGCUUCCUCUCUGACCCUCAUGGAGACGCUAUCACCGCCUUACUGGCCCAGCAUUACCCCUUACCACCAACAGGCUUCCUGGCUCUGCAGAGAGAUGUUGACACACUAUUAGCUGUCCUGGAUGGUGCCACGAAGGAACAAGAUUGCAUCCAAGAGCAUCCCAGAGACACGUGCGCAGACCACUUUUCUGAAAACAAGCGCAGGCUGCAUGUGGAGGCGCGAGGGUUUCUGGCUGGCUGUCAGCAGGUAGUGAAGGCCGGGCAGACCCCAGCAGAGACGCUGCAAGCUCUAGCGGACAGUUUUCACUCACUGGUGCAGCUGACGGCCGUGUGCCUGAGUUUCUCUAGCUGCCAGAGGUGCCAGGAGCGCCACUCUCAGACCUUGUCGGGACUUGCAGACGUUGCGCAGACCUAUCAGGAGUUUGCACGGGCGGCAGAGCGCUUGGGCAUGGCUGCGGAAAGGAGGACAUGCCAUGAGCUCAGUAUUAAACUCCUGGCCCGCCAGUGUACCGCGCUAACAACCUCAGUCUUCUGCCUAACACAGCUAUUCCGUACCCUCACGGCCCUUUGACCUUCGAACAAUAACGUCUUGCAGACGUCUGACUCGGCCAAAUAUGAGCUACGUAAGGCAAUUAUGAUAUAAAUAUGUAAAAGCCUAACUAUAGCAACCUAACUAUUGUGUCCAAAGAUGCUGACCUUUUACCGAUGAGCACACACACACACACACACACACACACAACACAAAAUCAGGGUGACACUGCUUACGAAUGGACUCACACACACACCGACAAUCACGUGAUUAAAAUCGGCAUGUGGUAAUGUUACUUCGUCAGUGUUUUUAGUUUGAUUGUAUGAAAUUAUUUUCUUAUUCCAGAUCUAUGUACUUUAGUAGGUUUCUUGAAUUCAUUAUUGGCCAUUUUGUUUUUUGGGGUUUUCUUUUUUUUUUGCACAGUGUAGCAGUUACGCACAAGAGCAGGACCUAACCUCGCCCCUUUCUUCUUUCCUCGUCCUCCUUUAUCUUUUUGUCUUUCUGUUUCACGCAUAUGCACGCUUGCCUCUAAAUCAAACUUUAUACAAACUCACCAGAGCAGAACGAACAAAGGCUCAGUGUUUAGCAGACACUAACGGUGAUCUGUUAGUGACCAGGAACUAAAUGUUCUAUAUUUUGAGCAGGCAUACCAAAGGAUACGAAUAACUAAGUUGUACUUGUUGUUGUUUUUUUUAGUUUUUUUUUUUGUAGAUGGAAUACGACUCGUUUUCAUUAAUUGAGUUUCCAUAGGCCGUAUUAUAACCAUUUUAUUUAUUUAUUUAUUUUUACUAUAGGCAUUAUUUAUUAAACUUUAUUUAUACGGGUAGAUCAUUUCACAAAGUCCGAUCAGAUCCACAGAGAUGAGUUCUUGCUUGGUGUUUGGCGUCUAGCAUCUGAAAUUUAUUUGCGCUUAAUUUUAGUCACUUUAGUACUGUAAAGGAAACUCUCUUCUAAAGACCCGAAUCCCAAUUUUGGAACGACUUAUAACGGGAGCAGGCGAUUUAGCUUUAACGGUCACCGAAAUACCAGAUCAGGAUUGUGAUAAUACUUUUUCAUACAGGUGUGUGGACUAACCUGGAAGCUGCUGUGCACUGUCCUUAUUAGGCAUGCUUCAUACCAUACACAUACUGUACUUUACCAUUUACUGUACAACACGGACUGGAUGAAUGCAUGCAGAAGCCAAAGCACGACCUGAUCGAGAGAGCGUCCGUGGCUCAGUCGCUGACCAGUCAAAUGAGGGGACGGACGAACGUAUGACUGUCUACAUGAUGAAAUGCAAUCUCUUGCUUUGUAAUGCAGUAUUCGCUAUUAAAAAAGAGACUCGAAACGACUCGUGUUUAAGUGUCUCGCGUCUAGCAGUGUUUCGUUUCGUCGUUACGUUGUGUGAUCUCAUACAGCAGUCCCUCCAGGAUUUCACGAUUUUUGCCAUGGCAGAAACGAACGGCCAAAACUCAGAGCGAUAUUCAGAGGAGCUUUCAAUUUUUUCAAAAUGACAGCAGAUUUUACCGACAAACAUCACUGCGAAAGCCCGAUUUCGUGCAAUCGCAAUUUCACCAAUUGAAGUAAUUUUCCACACACGCACAUAAAAAAAAAACUCCACAACAAAAUCAAGCCCUUUUAGCCGCAACAUUCACAAAAAACGGCGAAAUCCUGUACGGACUGAUAUACAGUGUUCAUAUGCAUGUGAUGAUUACAUUAUACCUUUUGUUUUUUUUUACACAAGAGAACAUUGGAGGCACAGAAAUUUGCAUAUAUUUAAAAUGAUUACAGAAUGUCAUACAAGAAUUUACAGGCUUGUACGUGUCAUACGUCUUUUUUUUUUUUUUUGCUUGGAUAUAUAUCCAAUAUUUUCCCAAAGCAGUAUUUCUCAGUUUGUAUGCACUAGCUAGUUCUGGCUAGUCUGCCAUCACUCAACAGCUACCAAUUAUACAAAGCCAGCUACUGCAUUGGUUUAUGUAAAUUGCUGUUCAGUCCAUGUUGCAGGGCAGCUGAACAUGCUUAGAGGAGAGUACUAACAGAUGUUUUCCUAGACGGCCAGUUGUGCUCUUCUGGCUUUUACUGUCACGGAUGGUAAUGGUAUGACCUAACUUGAGAUCUCUUGGCCGUAGGACUUUGUUUUGACUGUUGUAUCACUUGAGAACCCCUUUAACUUCAUCAUGAAACAAACCUGAUCUAACCGAAGAACCUUUCCUAUGGUUGAUACCCUCGUUGUCCAUCUAGCACAUACAGCUGAGAACCUGGAUGGGAUUCUGGAUGACCAGCGCCAACUAAGGUCUGCAACCGCUUACCUUGCCUUGUCUAUGGUAAGAGUUCACUGGCUCUAAUUCGACUGGUCUGUUUCUCCAUACCCUCUGCAAAGCUCUAAAGACCAACCUCUUCAAACACUAUAUAUCUCAGCACUGACAUCUAUUAGUAACUUUGAUUAGUUUCCAGACUGGUCCACUCUGGCGCUUGUGUGAACUAGCACAGAUUUACAGGUACAAGUGUUUGUAUCGUCACACCUUUAUCUGUUUGCACAUUGUCCAGUCUAGAUGGGAAAUUCCAGUUUAGAUUGCCGUGGUAGCGCGUAAAACUUCCUCUUACCGUUCUUAAGCAAGAGCUUUCUUUCCUAGAUUGGGUAAAAGUUUCUGCAACAUUUGAGACGUUGUUAUCUUCCCCAUCUUUUACGAAUCAACCUUAAAACCAGUUUGACCUUUCCUGAGCUCUUUUUACUGUCUCAACACGGAUGUGUUCAAAAUGGUGUUUUUUUUGUUUUUUUUUUAAACUGAACCCAUAAGAGUUGGUCCAGAGAGCCUAAAAUAGUCAUUCAGGAGGUAAGAGAUGUCAUAGUCUCAGCCUCAGAUGAACUGUCUGAUAUAUUUUGUUCACUUUUCUGCCCACAAGCUUCAGAAUGUUUAAGGGUGUGAUCUGAAUGGUUCUCCACACUUCCAUGCAAACACACAAGAGGAUGUUAGUGCUUCUAAACUAGCAGUGUGUUAGCGAGUUAGCUGUUUGGGAUGACGGGAACACUGAGGUGUUUCUAAACUAGCAGUGUGUUAGCGAGUUAGAUGUUUGGGAUGACGGGAACACUGAGGUGUUUCUAAACUAGCAGUGUGUUAGUGAGUUAGCUGUUUGGGAUGACAGAGGGAACACUGAGGUGUUUCUAAACUAGCAGUGUGUUAGUGAGUUAGCUGGUUGGUUUGACGGGAACACUGAGGUGUUUCUAAACUAGCAGUGUGUUAGUGAGUUAGCUGUUUGGGAUGACAGAGGGAACACUGAGGUGUUUCUAAACUAGCAGUGUGUUAGCGAGUUAGCUGUU